AUGGCUGCUGCGAGCCGCCCGUGGCCGGUUCUUGACGUUCUCGACUCAAUGGCGAGCCAGUUAGGUUGGUUCGUAACCCUCGCUGCAGAGCAGUCGGGUGGGGGGGCUUUAAACCCCCACCACUCAAACAUUCCCAUUCCUCCAUCACCUGCAACUCGUCCUUGAAAACGAAACCACACUGUCUCACGCAAUCCAAAGCGACGGCCACCAACCGCACCUGUAUCUACUCUUAGUGCUUUCGGCUGUGUUUUUAUUGUUCGGCCCGUAUACGAACCGCCCGAACCAUCGCCCUCCACCGGUGCAUGCCUGGUGCGGCGGCAGUGCCCAACUCGUCAAGAUCAAGAUUGUCGAGAUCAGAUCGCAAGAAGAUGGAUGACUACGCGACCGAGUCGGACAGCGACUACACCAGCUAUUGGCGGGAUUGGUUCAUCUCCUCCCGGGGCAACGAGUACUUCUGCGAGAUUGACGAGGACUAUCUGACGGACCGCUUCAACCUUACGGGCCUCAACACCGAAGUCCAGUACUACCAGUAUGCGCUCGACCUGGUGACCGACGUGUUCGAUCUCGACUGCGACGACGAGAUGCGCGAGGCCAUCGAGAAGUCGGCCAGGCAUCUGUACGGCCUUGUGCAUGCGAGAUACAUUGUCACGACGAGGGGUCUGGCGAAGAUGCUCGAGAAAUACAAGAAGGCCGACUUCGGCAAGUGCCCGCGCGUCAUGUGCAACUCGCACCCGCUGCUGCCGAUGGGCCUCUCCGACAUCCCCAACGUCAAGCCGGCCAAGCUGUACUGCGCGCGCUGCGAGGACACGUACAACCCCAAGUCGUCGCGCCACGCGUCCAUCGACGGCGCCUACUUCGGCACCUCGUUCCACAACAUCCUCUUCCAGGUCUACCCGGGCCUCGUGCCGGCCAAGUCGAUCGAGCGCUACGUGCCGCGCGUCUACGGCUUCAAGGUCCACGCCGCCGCGGCGCUCGCGCGCUGGCAGGACGGCGUGCGCGACGACAUGCGCCGCCGCCUGCGCAGGCUGGAGAUCGAGAGCGGGUUCAAGGACGACGACGAGGACCUGGAAGAGGUCGAGGAAGACGACGUCGACGAGGAUGAGGAGUUCCAGCAGCGGCAGCAACUUCAAGUUGCCGAGUAUAGGAGAGGUAACCCUGCCGCUGCCGGUUCUGGCUCGGCGCCGGGGGGCGGGGACGCGCAGAUGGGCAGCGUUGCUUGACGCCCGCCAUGUGUGUGAUUUAGGACCGGAGCGGACUCAUUUUCUGUGUUUAGCAUGAUCACAUGGAAAGGACGGCG